GGCGAGUUUGGAACAAAUAUUUACAGUGACAAAACUAGAGUCAGUGUAAUCAUUCCCCUCCAGAUUCUUUUAGAAUACUUCAGGAGAACAAUGGAUAUGGAUGAAGAAGCAAAAAGGUUCUGCGACCUUUGUCACGUGGUGGUUGCCGGAGAUGAUGAUGAUUGGGAAGUCCAUGUUCAGGGAAAGAAACACAAACACCACGAGGAGGCCCUAGCCGCACUACAAGCUGAGGCUCGGCGUACAAUUUUCGUACGCGGGUUUUCGAAAGCAGACACUGGCAUUGAUGAGCUUGCAUCUGUUUUCUCCCACGUUGGUCUCGUCAAAACGGUAGUUUUCGAUCCUAAAGGAAAAACUUUCGCGUUCGUGGAGUUUGAAAAGGAAGAAAUCGCUGCCAGUGUGGUGAGCGGAUGUGCCAACAAGCCCUUGUACUUGGGAGACAGGAAAUUGACUAUUAAACCUCGGGACGUACCGACCAGUCUAAGAGUAACCAAACAGGAGAACAAUGUAUUCAUUGACAACUUACAAGAUAAUCUGAAGACGAUUGUGGCCGAGUACGAAGAACCUGACAUACAAAAGGGACCGGAUGAUGCAAAAGCCGAUUCUGUCCUGCGGCAGUUGUAUUCACGCACAGCGCUCUCGCAAGCGGAUAGGGCGGCCAGACAGACAAUCUGCGAAGAGGUCACAGCAAUGCUGCAGGGGGUUGCACCCGGGUGUAGCAUAGAACUAUUCGGUUCAACGGUGAACAACCUUGGGGGCUGCUGGUGCGACGUGGAUAUGUGUUUAUUGCUACCCAAAGAGCUGCACUCGUCAGACUACAGUGAAUUGAUGACGAGUAUUGUGGGUGUAAUGAAGAGGGCUGGUUGCCGGAACGUUGGCAAGCAUCAAGCCAAAUGUCCUGUGGUGCGGUUCACCUAUGGAGAGCAUAACCUUGCCUGUGAUCUGAGUUUCGAGAAUCGCCUGGCUAUAAAGAAUUCAGAAUUGAUGAAGUCUUUUGCAGAUUGUGAUGACAGAGUGAGGCCCAUCAUGUACGCGCUCAAAGCCUGGAGAGUGUCUCGCAACGUACAGAUUACCAGCUAUGCACUCAUGGUCAUGGCUCUCCGCUAUCUGAUCGACCGAGGCACACUCGAUCCGGUGCAGCAGCCAUCAGAGGAGGCGGGCGCUGAAGUAGUUGACAACUGGAAUAUCUCGUACAAGCCUCUUGAUGUAGAUGAUGCCAGAAAUGAUCGCACAUCGUGCACCGAGCUAUUAUACAGGUUAUUUAUGUACCUGCAUACGUACGACUAUGCCAAUAGAGUGUUAACUAUCAAUGCGUCUCUGAAUACACAAUUGUACUUUCCGCCGCAUAUCAAGAAGAGCGCAAUGGUCGAGUCCUUUGAAGGUGCCGUGGACGGUCUGAAGGUCAUGCGCGGCGGCAAUAUAUGCGUACAGGAUCCCUUUGAGCUCAGUCACAACCUCACAGCUAGCGUGCGUUCAGAAAACCAUCGCCACUUUAUAGACGAACUGGCUCGAGCACUCCGUAUCAUGGAGUCCUAUGCCACAUUGCCUGAUUCCGAGAUGAGUGUGGAUGGGGACAAAACACUUCCCGAAGGGUGCUACUGGCCGCCGUCUGUGCUGGUCAGACUUACUGACCAGUCGAAGGAAACCGAGGAAGACAAGAAAGGAAAGGCGAAGGAGAAGAGGAAGUAUGCACCGGAUUAUGUAUGGGGAAAGCUCGGACCAAAUAGCAACCGAAGUCGGCCCGUUGUAUCUAAAAGCAUGCACCUGGAUAUCGACGCCUACUCAACGGCCGAUGCUCUGUGUGGUAUACUACAGACCAUUUGGGACAAAUACAGCCUCGAUGUCAGUGCGGACGAUCGUAUAGAAGAUAAAGCAGAACCGGAGAAUGCAACUAGCACGAGCGAGACUAAACAGUUCCCUGUGCUCCCUUCACGGUCGGUAUAUCGUGUGCUCUUAACUUGUCGCGGGAACACGUGGGUGGGCGGUAGAAAGGCACGGAGAGCGGCACGGAGGGAGUUGGAAAAUAGUAGGAAGAGGUUGGCCGACGGUCAACUGGGGUCCGGUAGCACCUCUAAGAUGAAAAUGGCAGAUGGCUCGAGUGCGAGUGAAACAGAAAAACCGCCAUUGUGGACAGCUGUUGUCAAAGUGAAGCCGAGAGAAGUUGAUUCACAUGCCCUGGCGGAAGAUCCGAAGGCAAAAGCAGGAUUCAAUGUGCACGUGCACCUGAUCUCUGGAGAUAAGCCGUGUUUUGAAGAAUUCUAUGCUUUAGCUAAGAAACACGUACUACAUCCCUCAGACAUCCAUCCCACUGCCUAAACCUGUAUGCACUUUGGGGAUGGGCAGAGAAAAAACGCUCUUAAACUGCUCUCAUUGUAUGACUCGUACACGUUGUACGUGCACAAAUAGAGUCAUCUCGUCAAGAAGUUAUUACCAAAUCGUGCUAUACUCGUUCCUCCGCCGGUUCAGUUUAGACGAAGCUACUGUGUACACCGAAAUUUUCUCCGAACACGGCGAUUUUUUAAUUCCAGUCAUAAACGUACUGUCCAGAUAUGAAUAAACUCACAUGUUUGAUAACCGA